AUGGAGUCUCCUGAUGAUGUUCCUCUGAUUGACCAACCCAAAGAGAAAGGACUUUUGGACUUCAAUGAGGGCUACUGGAAAUGGUUCUUUAUGCCCUCUUCGAUAGCUGAGCAAAAAAUCUACAAGUUUCAAGGGAGACCAGAGUUAGCGAAGCGAUACCUGUUUUCUCUCCGUAUUCCUCUUGCGGUUUCGUUCAUCUUCAUGGGUGUACGAUUCUGGAACUCGUACAUUGAUGAAAAUGGUGUUUCUCCUGAUGAGUACGGCUUGCUUGUUUUGUGCAUUUUUGUUGUCACGCUGAAGAUUCUUAUUUGGUAUCGAUGCCUCUUAGCCCGAGCCCGCGCACGAUUCGAUAUUGACAGAGGACAAAACGACUGGUGUUUGAGCUGCAUGACAAAUUUCUUCUGUCACGAGUGCUCCAAAGGCCAGAUGGGAGCUUAUUACGAACAGGUCGUCUGA